GGCAGGCGAGGCCCUGCCUCGGCGCCUCUGUCCCGGAUGAAGUGUGCUGGAAGGGGCGCCCGGGCCCCAGACUCAAUCGCUGUCAUGGCUGCACGGUCUGUCACUCUCGGCAUCGACCUGGGCACCACGUCUGUGAAGGCGGCCCUGGUGGAGGCCGCGCGCGGCGACCCUUCCGGGUUCGUGGUACUGGCGAGCUGUGCCCGGCCUGCGCGGGCCGAGACUGCGGCCCAGAGCGCGGCGGCGGGGCCCCAGGCGCAAGAGCAGGAUGUGAGGAGAAUCAUCCAGGCCCUCCACGAGUGCCUUGCUGCCCUUCCCCGGCAGCAGCUCUGCAAGGUCUGUGGCAUCGGAGUGUCAGGACAGAUGCACGGAGUCAUGUUCUGGAAAACAGGCCAAGGUUGUGAAUGGACAGAGGCAGGGGCUGCCCCUGUGUUCGAGCCCAGAGCCGUGAGCCACCUGGUAACGUGGCAGGAUGGCCGGUGUGGCAGCAAGUUCCUGGCUUCUCUGCCCCGGCCAGAGUCUCAUCUCAGUGUGGCCACGGGGUUUGGCUGCGCAACCAUCUUCUGGCUUUUGAAAAAUAGCCCAGAGUUCCUGAAGUCCUACGAUGCAGCUGGCACUAUUCACGACUAUGUGGUUGCCAUGCUGUGUGGCUUGACAAGACCCCUGAUGUCCGACCAGAAUGCCGCUAGCUGGGGAUAUUUCAACACCAGGAGCCAAAGCUGGAACUUGGAGACACUGAGGGACGCAGGCUUUCCCGUCCACCUACUCCCGGACGUCACCGAGCCUGGCAACGUGGCAGGCAGAACUUCCCAGGCCUGGUUUGAGAUCCCAAAGGGGACACAGGUGGGCGUGGCCUUGGGCGAUUUGCAGGCCUCUGUCUAUUCCUGUAUGGCCCAAAGGACAGACGCAGUUCUCAACAUCAGCACCUCGGUGCAGCUGGUAGCCUCCAUGCCUUCAGGAUUCCAGCCAGUGCAGACUCCAGACCCUGCAGCUCCAGUCGCCUACUUCCCAUACUUUGACAGGACCUACCUGGCAGUGGCAGCAUCACUCAAUGGGGGCAACGUGCUGGCCAUGUUCGUCCACAUGCUGGUCCAGUGGAUGGCGGAUCUAGGCCUGGAGGCUGAAGAAUCCACUGUGUACUCACGCAUGAUCCAGGCUGCUGCACAGCAGAAAGACACCUGCCUAACCAUCACUCCAACAGUGCUGGGCGAGAGGCACCUGCCAGACCAGCUGGCCUCAGUGACCAGAAUCUCCUCCUCUGACCUCUCCUUGGGGCACGUGACCCGGGCCCUGUGCAGAGGCAUCGUUCAGAACCUGCUCUCAAUGCUUCCUUUUCAGCAGCUCCAAGAGUGGGGCGUGGAGCGGGUGAUCGGCAGUGGGAGUGCGCUGUCCAGGAACGAGGUGCUGAAGCAGGAGGUGCAGAGGGCUUUCCCCUUCCCAGUGUCCUAUGGGCAGGAUGUAGAUGCAGCUGUAGGGGCCGCUCUGGUUAUGCUCCAGAGAAACCUUAACCAGCAGGAGUAUUAGCACACUCGUUGGCCAAAGGACUGUUGCAAAGUGUAUCUAAUUAACGUUCCUCUCCUUAUCUUGGGAUCAUGCUUUUCCUGGACAGCUCUGUGGGCAGUUUUAAGCAAUGCUUAUUCUCAGGCCAUCAUUUUGACCAAGAACCAAUCUUCAGGGCACACUCUAAUAACGCAGCCAGGAGUCAUCAACCAGAUCCCAAAUCAGUGCCUUCUGAAAGAGACUCACCUGAGAGCUGGUCGCAAAUGUAAAUGUGGGAGAGACAGAGAGAAAGGGAAAGAUGGGUCACAUGUACUGUUGGAAGAGUCUUCCCUACUGGAUCGUGCCACGUGACCCUGAGGCCCCUUUCCCAAUCUUGUUCUUCUCUGGCCACAGCCAGCUAGCUGGGGCAGAAGGCGACCCAAGGACAGUGAUGCAGGCUGGCUGAGAUGAAGAUGCAGGGAUCUGUGCUGGCCUUCUUGCCAUGUACCUCCCCUCCAAGGAGAGCCUGCUUGGUGCUGCCAUGGUUCCUCACAACACAGCUGGCUUGAAGACACAGAACAGAGAAGAAAAUGUGGGUGGCAUGACCAGCCAAGGGGACAGAUGCUGCAUAACGCCACCAUUCAGGCAUGUUG